CUGACCUCACACUUCUUGUCUUCUUCACUCAGGGGUCCAGCAGCUCUUCUUCUCUCCACACAGAUAAACUCACAGCGGAGACGCGCGGAAUGGAUUGUGUGCUGUGAUGUGUUUUUGACUGAAGGAUUUAACAGAGGCUCUUUUAGGGUUACACAGAAACAGAAGGAUACACGUUGACAAAAGACCCCUAUGAGGCUUCGCAAGUGAAGAGAGAAAACUAGUAAUAAAAGCCUAAAGAUGGACCUGAAGCUACUUUUCAUGUCAACAUUAUUCGGGAUCAUUUGUUGCAGCAGCGCACAGCAAGAGGGCAACGAGUGCAUCAAAGCCAACGCUUUGUCCUGUGGCGAGUGCAUACAAGUGGGAGCUAAAUGUGGAUGGUGCACUGAUACAGAGUUUCUGAAGCAGGGAGAGCCGACGUCGGCGCGCUGUGAUGAGCUGGAGUCGCUCAUGAAGAGAGGCUGCGACGCCGCCAGGAUCGAGAACCCUCACGGGGGCCAAAGGAUCCUCAAGAACAAAGCAGUGACCAACCGCAAGAAAGGAGCGGAGAAACUCCGACCCGAGGACAUCACUCAGAUCCAGCCUCAGAAACUCAGCCUCAACCUCAGAUCUGGGGAACCUCAGAAUAUCAAACUGAGGUUCAAGAGGGCGGAGGACUAUCCCAUAGACCUGUACUAUCUGAUGGACCUGUCCUACUCCAUGAAGGAUGACUUGGAGAACGUCAAGAACCUAGGGACUAGUCUGAUGAAGGAAAUGUCCAAGAUCACCUCAGAUUUCAGGAUAGGUUUUGGCUCUUUUGUGGAGAAGACGGUGAUGCCGUAUAUCAGCACGACUCCAGCCAAGCUCCUGAACCCCUGCACAGGGGACCAAAACUGCACCAGUCCCUUCAGCUACAAGAACGUGCUGAAACUGACCAGCAACGGGCACCAGUUCAACAGUCUGGUGGGAAAGCAGCAGAUAUCUGGCAACCUGGACUCACCGGAGGGGGGGUUUGAUGCCAUCAUGCAAGUGGCUGUCUGCGGAGAGCACAUCGGCUGGAGAAACGUCACUCGUUUGUUGGUGUUCUCCACAGAUGCAGGUUUCCAUUUUGCCGGCGAUGGCAAACUAGGUGGAAUCGUGCUUCCCAAUGAUGGGAGAUGCCACUUAGAAAACAACAUGUACACCAUGAGCCAUUAUUACGAUUACCCGUCCAUCGCCCACCUGGUUCAGAAACUGAGUGAAAACAACAUCCAGACCAUCUUUGCAGUUACAGAGGAGUUCCAGCCUGUUUACAAAGAACUUAAAAACCUGAUCCCGAAGUCUGCAGUCGGCACGCUUUCAGCAAACUCCAGCAAUGUUAUCAAUCUCAUCGUUGAUGCCUACAAUUCUCUUUCCUCAGAGGUGAUCCUGGAGAACAGUAAGCUUCCCGAAGGAGUGACCAUCACGUAUCAGUCGCACUGUAAGAACGGAGUGGUGAACGAGGGAGAGAGCGGAAGGAAGUGCUCAAACAUCUCCAUCGGAGACGAGGUAUCAUUCAACAUUAAUAUCACGGCUCAAGGCUGCCCCAAACAAGGCAAACCUGAAAGCAUUAAGAUCAAGCCCCUGGGCUUCACCGAGGAGGUGGAGAUCUUGCUCAACUUCAUCUGCGAGUGUGACUGUCACAAGCAGGGCAUCAAGAACAGUGACAUGUGUCAUAACGGCAACGGGACGUUUGAGUGUGGAGCCUGCAGGUGCAAUAAGGGACGUGUGGGCAGACAGUGUGAAUGUCGAAAAGACGAGGUGUCCACCGAGGACCUGGACAAGAACUGCCGCAAGGACAACGGCACGGACAUCUGCAGCAAUAACGGCGAGUGUGUGUGUGGCACCUGCGAGUGCAAGAAGAGGGACAAUCCUGAAGAGCGCUACAGCGGCAAAUUCUGCGAGUGUGACAACUUCAACUGCGACCGCUCCAAUAAUAAACUCUGCGGAGGACACGGCCGCUGUGAGUGCAGGGUGUGUAUCUGUGAUGCUAACUACACAGGAAGUGCGUGCGACUGCUCUCUCGACACCUCCACCUGCUUAGCCUCCAACAAGCAGAUCUGUAACGGCAGAGGAAACUGUGAGUGCGGGACCUGCAGGUGCACCGACCCCAAGUUCCAGGGGCCCACCUGUGAGAUCUGCCCCACCUGCCCCGGAGUCUGCACUGAGCACAAGGAGUGUGUGCAGUGCCGAGCGUUUGGCACAGGAGAGAAGAAAGACACUUGUGAGAGAGACUGUAGCUACUUCAACCUGAUCAAGGUGAAGGACAGAGAUAAACUCCCUCAGCCGGUGCAGGCCUUCCCCCUCAUGCACUGCAAGGAGAGAGACGCCAACGACUGCUGGUUCUACUACACCUACGCCGUCAACAACACGGAGAAGGAGGUGCACGUGGUGGAGACUUUAGAGUGUCCGGCGGGUCCUGACAUCAUUCCCAUCGUAGCGGGCGUGGUCACAGGCAUCGUUCUGAUUGGUCUAGCUCUGCUGCUGAUCUGGAAGCUGCUCAUGAUCAUUCACGACCGCCGCGAGUUCGCCAAGUUUGAGAAGGAGAAGAUGAACGCCAAGUGGGACACGACAGAGAAUCCAAUUUACAAGAGCCCUAUUAAUAAAUUCAGCAACCCAAACUAUGGACGUAAAGCUGUGGCUCUAUAAGGAGAGAACCCCAUCUACAAGAGUGCCGUCACAACUGUGAUCAACCCCAAAUAUGAAGGCAAAUAAUGGACAUGGGUAUCACACACGUGAAUGUUUGGGAAGGGAUAGGUUUGCAGAUAUCCUCAAUUUUCCUUUAAAUAGUUUAUUUUCUCAUUGUAUGUCAUUCUUUUAGAACAGUAUUGUAGGUCUGUAGUAGUGUUUUAUGAUGGACUGGCUGCCUUGUGUCCCUGGCAAACGUGUACAGUUUGUAUAGUCUUUUUAUUUACACAUUCUCUCUUUUCAAACAGAACAGACAUUUGUGUCUUUGUAUCAAGUGUUUCACCGUAAGUUACGGUGCAAAGGCAUCCUUGAAUCCCUCCCAAAAACUCAUCAAAUGUCAUUUAUAAUCAUCAUAUGAAUUUCUGUUUAUAUUCUAUCAUGUUUUUUCUGUAUUCAGACUUCUUGAUCAAUCAUAUGUUGGCACAAGAAAUUAUCUGACCAGUGUAUAUGCAAAAUGUUUUUUUUUUUUUUUUUUUUUUUUUUUUUGGGGGGGGGGGGGGGAUUGGGUAAUGUAAGUUUGGUUUGAUAUGCUAAUAAUCUAUGCAUAUUUGUUUACUGUAGGAAGCAUCCAAAAACGUCUUCUUUGGCAUUUGCAACUUAUUUCCCACUUAUUGUUGCUCUUAGGAAAUCAUUAUGGCACGCGUCUUGUGUUCAGCUGGAAAUGUCUGUGUAUUUUAUAUGUUAUGAAGGAUUAUUUGCUGAAUUAUUAUGUGGCUCUUGAUGAGUAUCUGUGUAUUCAGGUGAUAUCCUGUAGUUUGUAGCCAAUCGGUGUAGAAAGCCAAAUGUCCUUAAAACGCUCAUGAGACAUGGGCACAAUUAUUAAAACCUACAGAUUUCAGCUAUAGUAUAUUUAAAAUUAAAAACAAAAAAAAUGGAAGUUGUAAUAUUUGAAUAGUUGCGUAUUUGAAGUCAAAGAUAAAGCUCUUUGUUGUUAAGACAAUUAUCUGGAGAAAAUGAAGAAUUAGAGUGGAGUUUUGUGUUCAAAUGUUGAUAUCAUACAGUAUGGUCAAAGGUACAACAACCUUUUAUUUUUUAAUUAUUUUAAUGGAACGUAAUCAGCAGAUGCAGUCAUUUGUAAAUGUACAGGAAUGUUUGACACAAUAAUAAAUAUCAAGCUGAAGGAUGAUAAACAGAUGGCCUUCCACAACAGCUCUUUUUAAGUGCCUUUUUCUGGUUUUCUCAAUAUUGCGAUUUUGAAUUUAUUUAUUAAAACAAAAUCUAAAAGAC